GUGUGUGUGUGAGAGAGAGAGAGAACUAACACAAUCUACUGCAACAUUAAAGAAUAACCUCUAUGUCCAUGAGACUAAUUGAAUUCCUUAUGCAAAUUUUAGGGCUUUUGGAUAGUUUCAUAUGUGUGAAGAAGAAAACAACAACAACAACAACAACAAGCCCAUCGUGAAGUGAAAGCGCACGAGCCCGGUGUUUGCGGCGGAGUCCGGAUCCGCGCGCGCGCUCAGCUCCACGCCUGCUGUUCCACGUGACUCUGCGCCUCGACGCUAAGAUGGCUGUGCGUGUCUCGGAGCCUCGUGCUGCUUAAACCGGACUCUCCUUCUGUACCGGAGGCGCCGCGCGCACGCCUUCUCCCCGCUCUCCGUUCCGGGCCUCCUCUUUAUAUUCAGCACACAACUUUUCUUUCUUUCUUGUUUUUUUUUUAAACUCCGAGUCUGGACAGAAGGCCGGUUCCGGUCGGGGUGGAGGGGGAGGAAUGAUCCGGGACGCGCUACAUUGUUGCAACUAUUGUAUUUAUAUCCGGCGCUGAGUGUGAGAACUGAGUCCUGUUCAAAGAGAGAGAGAGAUACAGAGAGAGAGAGAGAGAGAGAGAGGGGAAUAAUGGCCGCUCAGGUCGCUGCGCUGAGCAGCACGAGCCCCGCCGCCGCCGCCGAGCUGAAGAAGCCGCAGGAGGAGGAGGAGGAGGAGGAGGACUCCAUACCGGCCGACACGCAGCAGGAAAAGCGCGAGCAGAAAGAGCUCCAGGACGGCACCGAGGUGAUCACGAAUGUCCGUGGAGGAGGAGGAGGAGGAGGAGGUGGAGACCCUGACAUGAAGAACGGCAACGACAAUUCAUCCCGGAUGAACAAUAAUAACAACCAGAACGAUCUAGACGCGAACAGUCACCCGGGCAUCGCUCAUCACCACCCGGCCGCCUUCCCUCCACCGCCGUACGGCUGCAGCCAGCACUACACCCGGGGCCCUUUUCAUCAACAUGGCGGACAACAAAGCCCUGGCAUGGCACCGGUGCUCCCGGGCGCUGUGAUCGAGCCUUACCCGGGCAACUCGCACGACCACGGCUUCUCCAACCACUACAACAACUACGGGCCGUUCCCAAACCGGACUCAGUACCAGGGCCAGGGGUUCGGCAUGAGCUCCCCGCGCACCAACACCGCCGGCCAGCCGGCCAAGCAGCCGGCAGCAGGAACUCUCAUGGCGGGUGCCUUUAACAACCAGAGGUAUAACAUGAGCAACCCUCAGCCCAGCCCGACCCCGACUUUAAACCAGCUCCUGACCUCCCCCAGCGCCUCCCGGGGCUACCCGGGCUACCCGCAGGGCGACUACAGCAGCCCGGACGGGCCGGGGAAAGGGCCCGGGGACAUGGGCAGCACCAAUCACUACGCAGCGCCAUGGCAACAAAGAGGCCAUCACGCGCCCCCCAUGAGCCCGGGGAACGCCCCGCACGCGCUCAACAGGAACCAGACCCCAAGCCCAAUGGACCAGGUGGGGAAGAUCAGGGGCCAGCAUUAUGGAGCAGCAAACCCUUACUCUCAGCAGCAGGGGCCUCCACCGGGGGCCCAGCAAGGGCCCUCCUACCCUGGGCAAGGCUACGGUUCCCCAGGGCCACAGAGAUACCCAAUGGGCAUGCAAGGGCGGACUCCUGGUGCUAUGGGAGGCAUGCAGUACGGGCAGCAGAUGGGUUAUGGACAGCAAGGCCCAGGAGCUUAUGGCCAGAGCCAAGGAGGCUACUACGGUCAGCAGAACCCUCUUGCUCCCCAUGGAGGCCUUCAGCAGGGUUCGUACCCUCAGCAGCAUUCCAGUGGCCCAGGCUCCCAGCAUCCGUACUCCCAACCUCCAUCAGGUCCUCCUCUGUCUCAGGGUGGGCCUUCUUACUCCCAGCAGUCCCAGGGCCAAUCUUCAUACCCCCAACCUCCACAUUCCCAGGCUGGCCAGCCACCUUAUCCUCAGUCCCAGGGUACACCUCAGUCAGCUCAGGGCCCUCAGCAGCAGUCCGGAUUCCCCCAAGCACCGCCUGGUUCUGGGCAGCCUCUUCCUCCAUCUCAGCAGCAGCAGCAGCAGCAGCAGCAAGGUGCAUCUCAGCAGCAGCAGCAGCAGCAGCCCAGUGUAGGGCCUCCUCCGCAGUCCCAGCAGCCAAUGGGUCACGGUCCUCCUCCACAGGGGCACCAGCCCUCACCCUAUUCACAAACUCCGCCAACGCAGCCUCAGCAGCAGACGCCCUUCGAGCGCUUCCCACCUCCGCAGCAGGAGCUGUCCCAAGACUCCUUCAGUUCCCAUGCUUCCGGUCCUACCUCGAACCAGCCCAUGGCCUCCAGUAAGAGUGGUACAGAGGACAGCAUGCAAGGCCGUCCUUCAAGUCUGCCGGACCUGGGCUCGAUCGAUGACCUGCCCACAGGCACGGAGGGUGCGCUGAGUCCAGGGGUCAGCACAUCUGGUGUCUCCAGCAGUCAGGGCGAGCAGAGCAACCCGGCUCAGUCGCCGUUCUCCCCGCACACCUCGCCUCACGUGCCGGGCAUCCGUGGGCCUUCCCCAUCACCUGUGGGCUCGCCCGCCAGUGCCACGCCUUCUCGCACUGGACCCCUGUCACCUGCAGGAAAUCAGAUGCCUCCCAGACCUUCCAGUGUUCAGUCAGAUGGAAUUUUGCAUUCUUCCAUAAACCAGUCUGCUGUGGCUCAGGACAGAGUCUACAUGCGGAACACACAGUUGCCUGCCUACGGCUCACCUCAGCCUGCUUCUGCCUUAUCGCCACGACCGUCAUCUGGAGGCCAAGUGCAUGCUGGGAUGGCUCAUUAUCCUCAGAACAACUCUCUGGGCAAUUACGGGCCACAGGGCGGGCAGUACGUUCCUCAGGGCUACCCGAGGCAGCAAGGCUAUGCUGGCAUGCCUGGUGCUAACUAUCCUGGUGGUCCAGGCAUGGGCAGCCCGAUGAAUCCCAUGUCAGGGCAGGGAGGAGGCAGUGCAUAUAGUGGUAUGCCUCCUGGGCGCAUGGGUCCAGGACAGAUGGGCUCAAGGCCGUAUGGUCCUGGAAUGAGUCCCAACAUGGCUGGUAUACCACCUCAAGUGGCUUCAGGGAUGUGCCCUCCACCUGGCAUGAACAGAAAACCCCAAGAUCCAACCUCAGCAGGGAUGCACCAUGGUCCAUCUAACUCCAUACACAGGCCUCCUGGUUAUCCCAGUAUGACCCAGGGGAUGAUGGGAGCUGGUUCUCCGUAUGUGCCGCCUAUGAACAGCAUGCAUGGGAUAAUGAACCAGGCAGGGCCGUACCCCAUGGGUGGUAACGUGGCCAACAACUCUGCAGGUAUGGCUCCCAGCCCAGAGUUUGGCAUGGAUAAACUUAACCAAAACCAGAAGAUGAAUAAUAAAGUUGAUGGGACUCCUAAAACAGAAUCGAAAAAGAAGUCAAAUUCGUCCACCACAACAAAUGAGAAAAUAACUCGGCUAUAUGAGUUGGGUGCCGAGCCAGAGAGGAAGAUGUGGGUGGACCGUUACCUGGCCUUUGCUGAGGAGAAAGCCAUGGGCAUGACCAACCUCCCGGCGGUGGGCCGUAAGCCUCUCGACCUCUUUCGUCUCUAUGUGUCAGUUAAAGAGAUUGGGGGCCUUACACAGGUGAAUAAGAAUAAAAAGUGGAGGGAGUUGGCGACAAACCUGAAUGUUGGGACCUCCAGUAGUGCAGCUAGUUCACUAAAGAAGCAAUACAUUCAGUGUCUGUAUGCCUUCGAGUGCAAGAUUGAGCGUGGUGAGGACCCACCUCCUGAUAUUUUCAACAAUGACCCCAAAAAGAACCAGGCGAAGGUACAGCCACCCUCUCCAGCGGGCUCUGGAUCAUUACAGGGCCCCCAGACUCCACAGUCAACUAGUAGCUCCAUGACUGAAGGAAAUGAUCUGAAGCCCCCUACCCCUGCAUCAACACCCCACAGCCAGAUGCCCCCUAUGCCUGGUGUGCGGAGCAGUGUGAACGUUCAAGACCCCUUUGCUGAUGGAGGAGACCCUGCCUUUGCUAGACGGAACUCACUGACGCCUAACUCUAGCUUCCAGCCCGGGAUGGGGGGCCCAGAUAUAAUGGGUCGUUUAGGUCCUUAUGAGCCAAAUAAGGACCCUUUUGGUGGUAUGAGGAAAGCAGGUGAGCAGUUCAUGAAUCCGGGACAAGGCCCCAGCAGUGGAAUGAGUGAACAAUAUAACCGAGGCCCUCCAGGACCUAUCAGUAACAUGCAGUUAGGUCACAGACAACAGUACGGACCUUUUGGACCAGGAUAUGACCGAAGACAAGAGCCAGGUCUGAGUCCAGAUGGCAGUAUAGGUCCUGGAGCCCCACAAACGAACGCCUUGCCGUCUGGUGCGGACUCGGGGAUGUAUUCACCUAAUCCGCAGCAGCAAAGGCAUGAUUCCUAUGUUAAUCAGUACCCUGGCCAAAGUGCACCACCUAGUGGACAAUACCCAAAUCAGCAGCCUGGAAUCUACCCACAGCAGGCGAAUUACACACAGAAGAGGCCUGGAGAUGGAGGUUAUUGUCCUCCAGCAAAGCGUCAUGAGGGGGAAAUGUAUUCAUUCACUGGCCAGCAGCAACAAGGCCCUCAGCCCUCAGGUGGACCUCAACCCCAGCAGGACCUGUACAGCCAGUAUAAUGCCUACCCUGGUACAGACCGACGUCCACCUGGUCCACAGGGUCAGUUCCCGUUUGGUUUUGUACGGGACAGGGGGCCUAAUGCCGGAGGCUCUAACUCUCAGUCCUCCGUGCCACCACAGAUGAUGGGCAGCCCUUUGCCAUCUGUCCCUGAUGGGCCUCAAGGUCCCAUGUGGCAAGGCAGAAAUGACCUAAACUAUCCCAACUAUCCCAGUCGUCAGGGACCUCCCGGAGUUCCCGCUCCGGGUCCAGGGUACCAUGCCAUGAACCGUUCUGAAGACAUGUUGCCUUCAGACCAGCGAAUGAAUCAUGAAGGUCCAUGGCCUGGUCAUGUCAACCAGAGACAGCCUCCUUAUGGAUCUGGUGGUUCUGGCCCACCCAUGUCUAGAACACUACAAUCCAAUUUUCAGUCCUCUCAGAAUCACAUUCCACAGGUAUCAAGUCCAGCACCCAUGCCAAGAACCAUGGAGAACAGUCCAUCACCCAGCAAGUCCCCUUUUAUGCACACUGGGAUAAAAAAUCAGAAAGCUGUACCUCUAGUCCCAGCCUCACACGCAGCUCCCCCGCCAGUACAGCCUCCCGUGAUCAGGAGAGAUGUGGCCUUUCCUUCAGGAUCUGUAGAGGCGACGCAGCCCAUCCUCAAACCACGCCGCCGACUCAUGAUGAAAGAUAUUGGAACGCCGGAAGCCUGGAGAGUCAUGAUGUCUCUCAAAUCAGGAUUGCUGGCAGAGAGCACUUGGGCCUUGGACACCAUCAGUAUUCUUCUAUAUGACGAUAAUAGCAUUUCUACCUUCAGUCUGUGUCAGCUUCCUGGCUUCCUUGAACUGAUAGUUGAGUACUUCCGAAGAUGCCUCAUUGAAAUUUUUGGCAUCUUGAAAGAAUACGAGGUUGGAGAUCCUGGGCAGCGGACACUGAUUGACCCAGAUGCUCCCGACACUGAUAUGUCUGAUGAAGAAAGCCUGGAAGUAGGGCAGGUGGAUGAAGAAGAGGAUAAAGAGGAGCAGAGCAGUCAACACGCAUCACAGAUCCAAGUCAAGCAUGAGAAUGAUGAGCUUAUGCAUGACCAGAAAUCCAGUGAAAAGUCUGAAGAAGAGAAGAAUGGAGAAAGCUCUUCAUCUAGAGAGCAUGAGUUAUCUGCUCCCUUACAAGACAGUGGUGCAGUACAGGAAAAGCUUAAACAGGGUAGCAAAUUUGACAAGCUUCCCAUUAAGGUAGUGUGGAAGAAAGACCCAUUUGUCAUUGGUCGCACCAGCAAGUUGGGCCGGAGACAGACUUUUGACAGUGGGCUGAUUCAUUGGAGUGUUGGUGGAGGUGACACCACGGAGCACAUCCAAACUCACUUUGAGACCAAGAUGGAGCUGCUAAAACUUCACAAACGGGUGCCUGUCAAUACUGAGGUACCUCCCAUAGCAGACCUGGUCACUGAGAACAGAAAUAAGGAUGAAAAGAGCAUACCACACCAGCAAAAUGAGCAGCAACCAGAGUCUCAGACUUCCUCAGGCCAACCAUUGGAGAAUGAGAACACCACAGCUGUUGCCAGUGCAUCUACUACCAUUAUGGCCACUGUUGACGACGUGCUCUCUGGCUGGUCGGGAGCAGUGCCUGAAGAAUCUGUGCGGAAUGACAUUGAGAACGAGGAGAAGAACAAGUUCCUGUUUGGUAUUGACCCUUCACAGCAAAUCAACAGCAUUAAAAUCCUUGAGGAUGAGCCAUACAGCAAGGAUGAGUCCCCAUUGUGCAUAUUGUCAGAAUGGCAGGACGCGUUAGCCCGCCGCUGCAUAUGCGUCUCUAACAUCGUCCGGAGUCUAUCCUUUAUCCCCGGCAAUGACAGUGAAAUGUCCAAACACCCAGGCCUGCUGCUAAUACUGGGCCGUGUGGUGCUCCUGCACCACCGGCAUCCUGAGCGCAAGGAGGCUCCUGUCACCUAUGAGAAAGAGGAAGAGGAGGAAGGAGGAGUCAAUUGUGAGCGAGGUGAAUGGUGGUGGGACUGUCUGGAGGUUCUGCGAGAAAACUGUCUGGUCACGUUGGCCAACAUAUCAGGCCAGUUGGACCUGUCCAUGUACCCCGAGAGUAUCUGCCUACCACUGCUGGAUGGUCUUCUCCACUGGGCUGUCUGCCCCUCAGCAGAAGCCAUUGAUCCCUUCCCAACACUGGGGCUUAAUGGUGCUGUUUCCCCUCAGAGAAUGGUUCUUGAGACCCUUAGCAAGCUCAGCAUCCAGGACAAUAAUGUUGACCUCAUUCUAGCCACGCCACCCUUCAGUCGCCUGGAGAAAUUCUAUAGUUCACUGGUACGCUUAAUUGGUGACCGUAAGGUACCCGUGUGCCGGGAGAUGGCAGUGGUGCUGUUAGCCAACCUGGCCCAGGGUGACAGCCUGGCAGCUCGGGCCAUUGCUGUGCAGAAAGGCAGUAUAGGGAACCUCCUGGGGUUUCUGGAGGACAGUAUAGCAGCCACACAGUUCCAGCAGAGUCAAGCUUCACUGCUGCAUAUGCAGGGACCACACUUUGAACCCACUAGCGUGGACAUGAUGCGGCGGGCUGCCCGCGCCCUGCAUGCCCUCGCCAAAGUAGAGGAGAACCACUCCGAGUUUAUGUUGUAUGAGUCACGGCUACUGGACGUCUCUGUAUCCCCCCUCCUGAACUCAGGAGUGUCCCACAUGAUCUGUGAUGUACUGUUUCUGAUUGGCCAGUCAUGACAGCUGUGGGGCUGAGCUUUGUCCCCUUUCUUCCUUUUAUCCCCCUUGAAUCUGUGUGAAUGGAGAAAUGUAACAGCGAAAACUGACUGUCCUUUUUUAAUUUAUGCAAAAAUCACCUCAAAUUCCACUGAUUGCUCUUUCUACCUUGCUUCUUUUUAAGGAAGGAUUUCACAAAGUGGAUUUAACACACAAAUAAAAUGAAGAGAAACUAAUGUGGAUACGUGACUUAUGACCUUGGGAGAGUGUGCUGACAUUUUGGAAGGAUGUUUUUUUAAAUUAAAUAAAAGUAGAUUUAAAAAAAAAAGAAAAGAAAAAUAAAAUAUAACUAACCAAAGUUGCUCUCACAAUUACAGUGAGUUUGGGGAAUAAAGGUGCCCAGUGGUCCUUUUGGUUUACUGGGCUGGCAGAAACCAUGGUCUAGUUCUUGUUUGCAGGUUCUACAGUUUCAGACUCUCGUUUGUGCUAUAAAUUGUACCUUGGAUGAUGUAUACACUGAGCCCAGGGACCAGGUCAUUGGCUGUGAACAGACAUCUGUAAAUGGAAGGCCUGUACAGGAGAUUGUAUGACUUUUUUUGUACUGUACACCAUAAAGUGACGAGCUGUAAACAUACUGUAAUAAUAAUAAUAAUAAUGAUAAUAAUGUUUCACACUGAGAAUAAUGCUGACUUGGCAGCAAAAACUGUAGUUUUUAAAAUGAUUUUUGUUCUUAUUUAGAGCGAGGGGGGAGGAAAAGACAUUCUCCCCCCAAAGUAUCGUGUACAACACCCCGACCUCUUUUGUCCCUUGAUUGUAUGACUUGACCCUCAAAGAAAUCACCUCUUAGGAAUGGUCUUGAGCUUCAGAUGCAGUUCAGGCUGCAAUGUAAAUGAUGUAAUGUAAAUACACUUUGCUCUCUCUCUCUCUCACUUUAUUGCGCUCUUCACCAUUUUUAAUCUUUGAUUAAUUAAAGGUUACACUCAAGAUCUC